UGUUACCAUGGAGGCAGGACCGCAGUGCUCUGAGGCGGAGAGUCCCGGCCACCCCUUUCUUCCUUUCUAGACCUUAGUGCCUGUUCCGGAGUAUAAUGGUCUUCACAGUUCCCGACCUACUGGCUCCGGCGGACCGCGGGAUUUGGGGGCAAGUAAAAUUAGGCCUCAGAGAGGGGGUCAGGCCCAGUCAUCAAGGGUCCCUAACAAGCCUCCUGAAGAGAACCGAGUCCGAACCACCUUGUAAUAACAUCACGUUUUCAUUCGUCCUUACCUCGCUUUUUUGUAUUUGCCAUUAUUCUUCCGUUAGCCUUACGACGUACACUGCAGCAAGGAUCAUUUUACUCACGGGACAGACUGGGGAAGAGGAGCCAGGGUCAAAUCAAGUAAAUCUUCUGUAGCUACGCCUCCAGGCAUCUGGAAAUGGUCCAUGCUUUUAGCAAACUGCUCUUGCCUAACUGCAAACUAAAACUUGCCAUGAUUUUUGUUCCUUACCAUCUUAGAGGUCUCUAAUGAAUCAGUUUUCAUGGAAUGUUGGAACUGAAAUAGACUUUUGAAAUCAUGUAGUGUUAAUUAAAAAAAAAAAAAUCUUACCUUGAAAGAGAUAAGUUGCUUCUUCUUAAAAAUCACAUAGUCAGGGGCUUCCCUGGUGGCGCAGUGGUUAAGAAUCCGCCUGCCAAUGCAGGAGUCACGGGUUCGAGCUCUGGUCCAGGAAGAGCCCACAUGCCACGGAGCAACUAAGCCCGUGCGCCACAGCUACUGAGCCUGCGCUCUAGAGCCCACAAGCCACAACUACUGAGCCCACGUGCCACAACUACUGAAGUCCAUGUGCCUAGAGCCCAUGCUCUGCAGCAAGAGAAGCCACCAUAAUGAGAAGCCCUCACACUGCAAUGAAGAGUAGCCCCCACUCGCCGCGACUAGAGAAAGCCCCGCACAGCAACGAAGUCCCAACACAGCCAAAAAUAAAUAAAUAAUUUAUUUUUUAAAAAAAUCACAUAGUCAGUGGACAAAACUGGUACUAGAACCGUGGUUCCAUUGGUCUAAGUUUUUUUUUCAUUGAAGUGUCUUUUCUCACAUGGAGCUUAUCUUACUUAUGAUGGGAACGAUGUUAUAUAAUCUGGAGGCAAGGAGAGUUAAUCAAAAACUUUCCUGAUUUUGAUCUCAUGUCUCAUCCAAAUAUACUGCACCAUAAUCAAUUUAUGGAUACUUGGACUUUCAUUAUUUCAGCCAAUAUAAGUUGUCUUCUGUCUUCCACUUUUCUCAUUUCUCAAAAGGAGUAUGGCCAUCCUGAAAAACUUUCUCACUUUUAUGUGCUUUCUUUAAAAAUAAUCUUUCUCUUUCAACAAAGGAAUUCAGAGGCGGCUGACUUUCUAUUCCAGUCUAAGGUUCUUAAGGGAGGUAAAGACAAUUAGAAAAGCAUAAGACACAGUUUUUACUCUGGAGCCCAUGGAUGGGCCAUACGUGUGGAGAGGGGAGGUGGGUGUCCACAAACCCACCAAAAGGUUGACUCUGGAGCAGGACUCUGAGGCUUGCCGUCCUCCAUGCCACUCACCAGAAAAGGGACUGUGAACUGUGCACUGGCUCCAGCCAACAAGGAAGAAUUGCUGGCCCAGCUGGAAGUGAGAAGAGGGGAGUGAGUCUCCUGAGGGCCCUCCCAGAGGCCACCGGGAUCGCCCGAACAAUCCUCCAUGUGAAUCCAUCCCAUGAUGCAACAUGCCUCCCCAGCCCCCGCUCUGACGAUGAUGGCCACGCAGAAUGUCCCUCCCCCUCCCUACCAGGACAGCCCACAGAUGACGGCGACCGCUCAGGCCCCCUCUAAGGCCCAGGCUGUCCACAUCGCCGCACCCUCGGCUGCUGCCAGCACACCUGUGCCCAGUGCCCCCAUCGACCCCCAGGCCCAGCUGGAGGCUGACAAGCGAGCUGUGUACAGGCACCCUCUUUUUCCGCUCCUGACGCUGCUGUUUGAGAAAUGUGAACAGGCCACGCAGGGCUCGGAGUGCAUCACCUCCGCCAGCUUUGACGUGGACAUCGAGAACUUUGUCCACCAGCAAGAGCAAGAGCACAAACCCUUCUUCAGCGACGACCCAGAGCUGGACAACCUGAUGGUGAAGGCAAUCCAGGUCCUGAGAAUCCACCUGCUGGAGCUGGAGAAAGUCAAUGAACUCUGCAAGGACUUUUGUAACCGUUACAUCACCUGCCUCAAAACCAAGAUGCACAGUGAUAACCUGCUCAGGAAUGACCUCGGGGGGCCCUACUCCCCCAACCAGCCCUCCAUAAACCUUCACUCACAGGACCUCCUGCAGAAUUCCCCCAGUUCCAUGUCCGGAGUCUCCAAUAACCCCCAGGGGAUUGUGGUCCCAGCCUCAGCGCUCCAGCAGGGCAACAUCGCCAUGACAACUGUCAACUCACAAGUGGUGUCAGGUGGAGCCUUAUACCAGCCGGUUACCAUGGUAACCUCCCAGGGUCAGGUGGUCACCCAAGCAAUCCCCCAGGGAGCCAUCCAGAUCCAGAACACACAGGUUAACCUUGACCUCACCUCCCUCCUGGAAAAUGAGGAUAAGAAGUCCAAGAACAAACGAGGAGUCUUGCCCAAGCAUGCCACCAAUAUAAUGCGUUCUUGGCUCUUCCAGCAUCUCAUGCACCCCUACCCCACGGAGGAUGAGAAGAGGCAGAUCGCAGCCCAGACAAACCUCACCCUCCUGCAAGUGAAUAACUGGUUCAUCAACGCCCGGAGGCGCAUCUUGCAGCCCAUGCUUGACGCCAGCAACCCCGACCCCGCCCCCAAAGCCAAGAAAAUCAAGUCGCAGCACCGGCCCACCCAAAGAUUCUGGCCCAACUCCAUUGCUGCAGGGGUGCUGCAGCAGCAGGGUGGUGCCCCGGGGACAAACCCCGAUGGUUCCAUCAACCUGGACAAUCUGCAGUCCCUGUCCUCAGACAAUGCCACCAUGGCCAUGCAGCAGGCUAUGAUGGCCGCACACGACGACUCACUGGAUGGGACAGAAGAAGAGGAUGAGGAUGAGAUGGAAGAGGAAGAGGAAGAGGAGCUGGAGGACGAGGCCGACGAGCUGCAGACAACGAAUGUCAGCGACCUGGGCUUGGAGCACAGUGACUCCCUGGAGUAGCCGGGCAGCCCAGGUGGCACUGAUCACCGAGCAGGAGUGUCGUCAGGAGGGCUUCAGGCUCGGGGGGGAGGAGACACGGGCAGGCAGCCCCGAGGAAGUUGGACCCUGGCUUCCCAAAAUCAGUAGCUGGAGGAAAUGCAGAGGAAACACCUGUUCCUUCCCAACCACCAAGCUUCCACCAGUACCCUGGCCCCACUUCCCUAGAGCUGCAGAGGACUCCGUUUGGCGGGGCCAGUCGAGCAGCCUGGACAGAAAGGCAGGAGUGAGAUCUGGACUCACUGAAUCCCUGAGGACAGAUGGCACCCACGCCCCCAAACCCCCGCCACCGAAGGACUUGAGCUGUGUACAAGCCCUGCGCCGUGAGGUGGAUCAGUGCUGUUCACAGAGUGAGCGUUUGCCAGGGAACAGAGUUAGGAGGAAAGGGAGAGACAAAGGGGGUCUGCGUUCUACCUCCAGAGGGCUGUUAGCUCCUCUGAGAGACGUUCAAGGGCAGGAGGGAGCCUCAACGUAUAAUCCAUGGCUGGAGGAGGGGAACGGCCUGAGGCGUCGCAUCCGGCAGACCAGGGUGGGACCUGGACUCCUGGAGCUCCUCUCAGCCCUCCAUGGCCCUGUCUCUGGGUACAGGCAGCCGUGGACUUGGGAGAGAGGGAUGGGAGCCACCGGAGCUGCCUUCUCUCUCUCCUGGAAAUCAGUGGUAAGCUGGUGGGCUCAUUUAUAGGAGGUAAAGUGGAGUCCCUUCACCUGGGUUGGCUCCAGGACCCAAGGAGAUGGCAGAACCUGGGCUAGGAGCCAUAUCAAGGUGACUUUGGGGACCACAGCGAUCCCCAGCGGUCACAGAACUCAGCUCCUGUAACAGCAGGACAGCGGUGUCUUAUCCCAGAUGUUCCAGCCCUCAGAUGGAGCUCCCCAGACGUUCCACCCCCUCCAGGGGCCAUCAGAGAGGGUGGAGCCAGGUUAGCUUGGAAUCUGUCCACCCUUCCUGUCCCUCACUGCUGUCCCCCUGCUCCCAGGCCGGCUCCACCAGCCUUCAUCCUCUCGUCUUCACUCUGUCCUUCAGAGGAGGCAGAAGAAACAGUGGAAAGAAGCAUCCAGCCCAGUGGGAAGCCAGGGGUUGGAGAAGGUGCUACGUCCCUCUUCUCAUCAAUAUCCAAAGUGUGGAGGAGGUGCCCCACCCCCCGCCUCACUGUUCUACACGCCAUCACUUACACAGCACUGGAGGAACUGGGGCUCCACCAGGAGGAGGAGUCUUCCCACCAUCUGCCCCACACACACCCUCCCACCCCAACAUCCAGUCCCCCGGGGUUGGCACCCUAUCCUCCCGUUCCCUCCCACCCCUAUGGCUGUGAAUGACGGGACUGAUCCCACGUGUGUUUUCCAUUGAAGUUAAUUUAAUGGACUUGCAGCUUCAUUUGUCAGUCGUGCGUUGGCCAUCUCCAUCAGUGGCAGGAUGUGAGUGGCUGCCUGGCUCAACUCAAGGGCCCCCGCGGGGCCCCCUAAGGAGGAGCAAAAGGAUGGUGGCUUUCCUGAGGUCUCCCUGAAAUGAAUGUAUUUCUUCCCCCAAAAGAGCUGAUAUUUAAUGUUUUAAUAAGGAUUUUUGAGAAACAAAUAACCUUAUUUAUAAUCUGGGUGAUCCAAUCAUUUUUUACUCCCUUUUGAUGCCAUAGGUAGAGGAAAGUCUAGCUUUUUUGGCGUGAGACUUUUGCAACGUGAAGUGGGAUAAAAUACAUUUCCUGUUCUGGUUCACUUUUCUUGUUCACAUGCACACUCUUCCACUUAUCACUUUGGACAGGCAUCCCACCCCAGCACAGGCACACCUGCACACAUGUGCCCACACAUCCUCCUCCCAGCCCCCUCCACCUGCCUAAUUAAUGUUAUGCAACCUCUUCUGAUGUAUCCACCAAACCAGUACUGAAUGUGGCCGAGUUUUCAGUAAACCUUAUUACCUACCAUAAUUCUGGCACGCGAUUCUCUUUUUCUGUGAUUAGGGGUUAGGGGGACCCUGGACCAGAGAAAAUUUGGAGGCCUCAGCAUACUCCUUGUUGACCUGAAUACCCAUGAAAGGACCAAGGAAGAAGGCUUUCUGGGUGUCCUCAGUUUACCUCUCUGGGGAGGACGACGGCCAAGUUCAGUACACUCAGCGCAGACGUGUCUGCUCCAAGACAAAGAGAUGAAGGAGGGCAGACAGGAGGAGGCUCUGCACUGCCCUCUCCUGGCAGGCUGCCCCCAUAGCAGGGGAGCUCUUCCAACACACUCUACCCUCAAAGCCCCUUGCUUUUCCGACCUCCAUCCAAGCUGGGGCCACCACUGCCCCUCCCCCAGCCCUCACAUGCCCUAUCCCUCAGGUGAAAGGUCCCGGGAAUCAGGAAGGAGAGGCAGUCUUGACUGCCACAUUGAAUCCAGGAGCUGUGUCCAGAGCGUAGCCUGCCCUUUGAACCCCAUAAUUCAGCACUCUAUUCCCUAGGGCGGGAAGAAAGUUAGAGGCAGCUAUCUCCCCAACUAAGUGAGAGGCAGUCUUUCAUGUUACUUUCAACCUAGAGGUUUCCUUAUCUGGGCCCUGUACUGGGGUAUCGGUUUAGAAGCAGGAGGGAGGGUUCCUUGUUCCCGUUCAAAAAGGCUGCAGAGUUCACGCUUACCCGUGGACACCCUCUGGCCAGGCUGAAGAUGGGAAAGGGAGUGAUUCCACAGGCAAAACGGAUCUCCACGCAGCGUGGAUAGCGGUUCCCUGGGUCACCGCCCUCCCAGAGCCCAGCCCCCAGUCACACCUGGAGAUUCUGCAAACACAGCAGAGACGCCACCCCUGGGCAUUGAAAAAAGUCUCAAGAGCCACAGGACGGUGAUACCUGGAACCUCACCUUCCAGAGCCAGGAAGACAGCUUUCAAAGCAGUGAUUUCCAAGGAACACAGUCUUAAAAGAUAUGCUAUCCAAAAAAAAAAAAAAAAAAAAUUCCACAGCCUAAUUAGUCUAGGAUGAACUGCAUAUCAUAUUUUGAUAGAGGAGUUUCAUAAUGUGCAUUAGUACAUUAAAGCCUCUGAGAAGUCCUGCAGGAAAGAAACCUGUCUCUGUUUAACAUGUUCCCCAAAUUUAUCUUUUUUUUUCAAGUAAUGUCUAUUCAAUUAUACUAGUUACACACAAAACACAUUUUAGGAAACACUACUCUCAGAAAUUACAGUGGCCUACCCCAGCCUCUCCCACCCCUUCCUAAGUGUUUCUCUCAAGUUCCACCAUCUUUUACACAAUGCUUCUAACUAAAAAGUGGUUUCCUAAAUCAUUUGAGAUGUGGGUGGUUGUGUUUUGAGAAGGCAGCAGGCUCUGUCUGUGCAUGACCCCAAUCCUAUCCAACCCACGGAGAAGACGUGCCACAAUCCAUGCAGAAGUAAGAGAUGGGACAAUGCGGGGGUGGGGGUGGGGGAGAGGUUCCUUUACCCCCAAAAUGGAGCUGUGGUAUCAGGGCCCUGGGAAAUGUUCAGACUAACUUUUAGCCCCAGCCCUGAGCCCAUCAGGGAUGAACUGAUUGGAGAUUCCUGCUCAGGGAAGUUCAUGACCAGAGCUCAACUUCCUUGGCCAUGGGACCUCUCUGCUGCCUUGGAUGUGACCAGAUGAGGGCAGUGACUGUCACACUGCAGCCGGCACGAACUCAUUCAUUCAUGUAUUAAUUGAGCGCCGACUCUGUCCCAGGCAGUUCUAGAUACUGAGGACAUAACUGUGAUCAACAAAGACAUAGUUCUUGCCUUCAGGGAAUUCACAUUCUAGGGGAAGAUUGAGACUGAAGUGAGCUCCUAACAUCCCCAUAAUGGAUGAGUUAUGAUCGCUUCCUAGGACAAUGACCUCAAAUUUGAUCAUUCAGAGCUGUGUACAGGAGACACUCAGGUCAAAUUCAGCUCACGGUCAUGUUUUGUCUGGACCAUAUAUUGUUUUGUAAAAUUUGGGGGCCAACAUUUAAGUUAGAAGUUUGCACAUAAAAAUUCAGAUUCCUGGUUUCUCUUCAAAAAUCGGGCAAUCAGGCAACUCGGGACCUAUAUUCCCACCCGGCUACAGCUGAAUGUAGUUGAGUCACUGCCGCCCCCAUGAUGUGGCCUCCAGGUCGUCAUGACAAUGGCAACUCAUGUGAUCCCCCACCGGGAAGGCUGAGGGUCAUUUGUUAUUGGGCGGCCGCUCCUUGGAUGGCUCAUUGACUAAUUAAGCUUCCUCCUCCCUUUUAUUCUUUUCCUUUUUUGCCUUUCCCUCCAAUAUUUGAGUGGUUUUUUUAAAAAGGACAAUAUAGCUUUAUACGCAUUGCUCUAUCGAGAGUGAAGGCGGCACAUCACUGGUGGCGCAGUGGUUGAGAAUCCGCCUGCCGAUGCAGGGGACACGGAUUCAAGCCCUGGUCCGGGAAGAUCCCACAUGCCACAGAGUGGCUAGGCCCGUGCGCCACAACUACUGAGCCCGCAAGCCACAACUACUGAGCCUGUGCACCUAGAGCCCAUGCUCCGCAAGAGAAGCCACCGCAACGAGAAGCCCGUGUACCGCAACGAGGAGUAGCCCCCGCUCACCG